GCUCCGCUGGACAGUGAUCAGAUGCCGGCGCCGCCGCAGACCGGAUUCAAUCACGGAGGAUCCCUCUCCGACGACCCCUUCCCCGUCGCCGACUGCUUCGACGAUCUGCCCAACUUCGAUUUUGAACCUUUCGAAUUCAACGACUACAACUUCCCGCCUCCACCGCCAUUCGACGUCGGAGAGGCCUUCGAUUCGAUGUUAAUGGGGGAAUUGAACGGCUGGUUUUCGAUGCUCGACGAGCAACCCGAUGAUUGGCUCGCCCAGAACUGGCCCACGGAAUCCGGUUAUCCCGACGGAAUCGGAAUGGCCGGCGACGGCGGCAUCGGCGGCGAGAAGGGUGGGGAAGGGAAAACGGUGGAGCAGCAUCACCUGCAGAACAAAUCCGUGGACGGGUCCUCGACGGCGGCGUCUGAGUUGAAAUUGCUUGGUUUGGUGAAGAAAACCAUGGCUCCUGAGAAGCUCGCUGAACUUACAAGGGUUGAUCCUAAGAGGGCAAAGAGGAUUAUGGCCAAUAGGAAAUCUGCUGCUAAAUCGAAGGAGAAGAAAGCGCAUUAUAUAAAUGAGCUAAAAGAGAGGGUCGAAACACUUCAAACUGAAGCAAUUAACCUUUCUUCACAUGUUAUCUUGAUUCAGAGAGACACUGCAGAUAUUGCCAGUCGGAAUAAGGCGCUCAAACUAUGCAUAGCGGCAACGAAAGAUCAAGUGAAAAUUAGAAAUGCCAUCACCAAGGCGUUCAAGGAUAAAAUUGAGAUCCUUAAAGAUGAGACUGAGCAGAUUUAUGCUAUAACGGGUUAUCCUCCUUCAUAUCCCGAGUUGGUCUCCAAGUUAUCCCAGUUAUCUGUGAAUCAGCUUCAAAAUCCUCCAUCCAAGAAUGUGACUCCUGAUGAUCAGCAACCACAGCUCUGCAUGCCUCCUCCUCCUCCUCCCUCUAAUCAGAAUUUCAGCGGGUAUUGUGACGACCCUAGUUUCUCCAACUUCAACCAACCCAACUAAUUCAUAAUAGCAGCAGUAAAUGAUCGGUUAUGGAGGAUAAUCAUCAGAAGUUAACAUUUACUGUGCAUAUGUGUAAUGGGUGAGGCUUGUGAAGGCUAUCACUGCAGCUCAGUUUCGUACUUUAUUUUUAUUUAUGUUUUACAGUUUUAGUCUUGAACUAUAGCCUAUUCUUAUUCAUUUCCUACAUUUCUAGGUUUAAACCGCAGUUUAUAUUUUAUGUUCUACAGUUCAGCGGUAGAAACAUUUGAACAUGAAGUUUUAGAGGAUUGAAUUGAUGAUAAGUGGGAAUGAAAAGUAUU